GCACGAUGCCAGGGCAGCACCUGGCGAACGGCGCGGCUGCUUUGAGCUCGUGGCCGCAAGAUAUUGACAUUGAGCAUAUGCACAGCGAAUGCCGAAAGCGCCUGGAACGGGCCGUGGAUAGCUCGACUGACUUUACAUCAUGGACGUCGGUGUCGACAAACAAACCGGACGUUCGCAUGUACCAGCACGAACGCAACGCAGCAAACCAGCACUGCGCCAUGAGAUUGGUCACUCAAGUCCCAGGAACAGUGUACUCAUGUGUGGACAUGCUUCGUUUAUUGGACAGUCCGAGUUUCCGCCUCAUCAUGAAGGAACUUCACGGGAAGACGUUCAUCGACGGUGAAGUCCUCCACGCGGAUGGCCCACGACAUGACGAAACGGAAUCGUCGUUGGCGCUCAAGUGGAUUGCGUUGAACACAGGUGCAAUUUUCACCAAGCCCAAGGAAUUUCUCUACUACGAGUAUUGUGGUGUGCAUCGGUCGAGAAAGUAUGGACCUGUGGGUAUCGUGCUGUUCGAGUCUUACGACGGCAUUGGCGCGCAGUACGGCAUCCGGGCCCGCGCCGACAGCUAUAAACUCGCGUCCUUUGAGCCAAGUUACUUCGUGAUGACUCCAUCGGCCGAGCCAGGCAAGACAGUGCUCACCCUUACCGUUUCGAGCAAAAAGGCGGGUGGAUCCAACCUGGUCAGUCCAGCGCUCAAGACCCUCAUGCUCAAGUUCACGACCAACUAUUCCAACCUUGAAUCCCUCGCUCGGACAUCGAUGAGUCAUCCUGGUCGAACAAAGCCGUAUGUGACUCAGGAAGCGGCGCAGCAGCCGCCACCCCCUGCACACACUGCCUCCGACCAUGUCUCUCUCAAUACAACGUUGAACGGCGACGUUCCCCCACCACUCUGCGCCGAACCUCCGAAGCGACCUGCAUCGCUCACGUCCGAGGGCUCAUCUACGUCUCGCAAUUCCAAGAAGAAAGGUCCCAGUAAGCGACAGGAGUACAUCAACUCGGAUUUUGAAGAAAUCUGCCACUCGGCAAUGCAAGCGCUCCAUUGCCCCAUGGCCGGCAUUCGCACCAGCCUCUUCGAGCUCGUGCACUACGAUGCCCAUGUGAACCCAGCCGACUUGCCCAAGUCGCUGCCAACGUUUCGUCGAAUGGCGCAAAGUGGUAAGCCAUGCGUUGUGCUGGACGUCAACUCGGACAAGCGCAUCAGCGUCGAUCGGCGCACGACGUCGCGCAUCCAGUUCUUUGUCGGGGUGCCGCUGACGCUCGAGACGGGCGAGUGCAUUGGAGACAUUUGCGUCGCCGACGUCAAGCCGCGAAAAACCAUCGACUACAAUGCCCUCGAGAUCUUGAAACUGCUCGGGCAGUCCGCGACGCAGUACAUGAGCGCCGCCGAAUACUUGGCUGAAAUGACAGACCUCCCACGAGACAUGGAUUUGGAUGGCCACCAUCACAAACGGAACCAACCCGACAGCUCGCCGCCUCCAAUGAAACCCCUCAAUCGAGCCGACACCCCCAUCCUCGGAGACAUCCAUCAACCACACUCGCGCGGCGGCCACCACGAAAACUACAUCCAAGAAGAUGAAUUCUAACCCGGCACCAAAACACGAACGAAUCUCAUCUUGGCGGAACCUUAUUCUUCUGCUUCAUG